UCGGGGGCGGGGCGGGUGACGGCAGCGGGGCGGCGGCGGCGAUGGCGGAGCUGCGCUCGGUGGCCGCGGGGCCCGGCCCGGCGACGGCAGCGGCGGCGCUGCCCGGCCCCUUGGCCCUGCCCGCAGCGCCCGGUGCGGCUCCGGCCUUGCCCUCACCGGCGGCAAGCGGCGGGGCGGGCCCAGGCCCAGCAGCGACGGCGGCAGCGGCAGCAGCGGCGGGGGGCGGCGGUUCCGGGUCGGGCGGUACCGGAUCCGGUUCGGCGCGUGAAGGUUGGCUUUUCAAAUGGACCAACUACAUCAAAGGUUACCAACGCCGCUGGUUCGUGCUCAGCAACGGUCUCCUCAGCUACUACCGCUCCAAGGCGGAGAUGCGGCACACCUGCCGCGGCACCAUCAACCUGGCCACGGCCAACAUCACCGUGGAGGAUUCCUGCAACUUCAUCAUCUCUAAUGGCGGGGCCCAGACCUACCACCUGAAGGCCAGCUCAGAGGUGGAGCGGCAACGCUGGGUCACAGCCCUGGAGCUGGCCAAGGCCAAAGCUGUCAAGAUGCUGGAGGAGUCAGACGACUCCGGCGACGAAUCGGUGUCGCAGACGGACAAAACAGAGCUGCAGAACACGCUGCGCACCCUGUCCAGCAAAAUGGAAGAUCUGAGCACCUGCAACGACCUGAUCGCCAAGCACGGCACGGCCCUGCAGCGCUCCCUCAGUGAGCUGGAGACCCUCCGGCUGCCGGCCGAGAGCACUGAGAAGAUCAAGCAGGUGAACGAGCGAGCCACCCUCUUCCGCAUCACCUCCAACGCCAUGAUCAACGCCUGCCGGGAUUUUCUCAUGCUGGUCCAGACCCACAGCAAGAAGUGGCAGAAAACACUGCAGCACGAGCGGGAUCAGCGCAUCCGGCUGGAGGAGACGUUGGAGCAGCUGGCCAAGCAGCACAACCACCUGGAGAGGGCUUUCCGCGGUGCCACCGUCCUGCCCGCCAGCGCGCCCGGCACCGGCGGCAACGCCAAAGAUCCAUGCUGCCCUGUCAAAGGUGACCUGAGUGAUGAGGACGAUGACAACGAGUUCUUCGACGCCCCAGAGAUCAUCACUAUGCCAGAAAGCAUGGGCCACAAGCGCACCGGCAGCAACAUCAGCGGCACCAGCAGCGAUAUCAGCCUGGAUGAGCAGUACAAGCAUCAGGUAGAGGAUACCAAGAAGGAGAAGAGAACCCGCAUCCCCUACAAACCCAACUACAGCCUCAACCUCUGGAGCAUCAUGAAAAACUGCAUCGGGAAGGAGUUGUCCAAGAUCCCCAUGCCGGUCAACUUCAACGAGCCCCUGUCCAUGCUGCAGCGCCUGACGGAGGACCUGGAGUACCACGAGCUGCUCGACCGGGCGGCCAAGUGCGAGAGCUCGCUGGAGCAGCUGUGCUACGUGGCCGCCUUCACCGUCUCGUCCUACUCCACCACUGUCUUCCGCACCAGCAAACCCUUCAACCCCCUCCUGGGGGAGACCUUUGAGCUGGAUCGCCUCGAGGAGAACGGCUACCGCUCCCUCUGCGAGCAGGUGAGCCACCACCCGCCAGCUGCCGCCCACCACGCUGACUCCAAGCACGGCUGGACGCUUCGCCAAGAAAUCAAAAUCACCAGCAAAUUUCGGGGCAAAUACCUCUCCAUCAUGCCUCUGGGUACCAUCCACUGCGUCUUCCACUCUUCCGGCAACCACUACACGUGGAAAAAGGUCACCACCACCGUCCACAACAUCAUCGUGGGCAAGCUCUGGAUAGACCAGUCAGGUGAAAUCGAGAUCGUCAAUCACAAGACGGGUGACAAGUGCAACCUCAAGUUUGUUCCUUACAGCUACUUCUCACGGGAUGUGGCGAGGAAGGUCACCGGGGAGGUGACCGACCCCACAGGGAAGGUCCAUUUUGUCCUGCUGGGCACCUGGGAUGAGAAGAUGGACUGCUACAAGGUGAUGCCGGGCGCUGGGGACAACGGAGCGGAGGGGCGGCCGAGGGCACACGAGGCCGAGGACAGCCGGCUGCUGUGGAAGAGGAACCCACUCCCGAAAUACGCAGAGAACAUGUACUACUUUUCGGAACUGGCGCUGACGCUCAACGCCCCGGAGAGCGGCACGGCGCCUACGGACAGCCGCCGGCGGCCCGACCAGCGCCUGAUGGAGAACGGCCGCUGGGACGAGGCCAACGCCGAGAAGCAGCGACUGGAAGAGAAGCAACGCAUCUCCCGCAAGCGACGCGAGGCCGAGGCCGCCAGGGCCACCGAGGACGGCACCCCCUACGACCCCUACAAACCGCUCUGGUUCGAGCGCAAGAAGGACCCCGUCACCCAGGAGCUGGCGCACGUCUACAAGGGCGGUUACUGGGAGAGCAAAGAGAAGCAGGACUGGACCUUGUGCCCGGACAUUUUCUAAGCCAGCGGCAGCGAGGAGGAGGAGCGGCAGGGAGCGAAGGCCAGGGGAGCCGCCGCGCCGGGCUGGCACCGCCUGGCGCUUGCCACAGCCCCAGUCUAUCUGUCCGUCUGUCUUAACCUGCCCGUCUGUCCCCACGCGGCACCGUGAGCUGCCGGGGUUUGCCUUAGCCGAUCCAAACUUACCUUGACGCCGGGGGAGCGGGAGCCGGCAAUGGGGGAGGGGGGAGACCCACACCCAAACCCACUCGGGACGUGGGGUUCCCCUUCAUGCCAUACGCAUGCACUCGUCGGCCCCCUCCCCGGCCUGGGGGGGGGGGGGCCUGGGCAGCCCCUCCCCGGGACUUGGGGGUACAGCAGCCCCCCGGGGAGGGUAGGGGCCGGCUCUGCCCGGGCAGUGGGCGCAGCGGGGCGAGCCCGAGGCUGGCCUUGGUCUCAUCCCACCCCCCCACCCCCUUUUUUUUU